AUGUCCUACAACGUCUACCUCGUCAGCUCCUCCGGCCUCCCCAUGGACCACCACGCCAUCUUCAUCGAAACUCACGAAAGCGGCCCGAAAACCGGCUACAUCUACCAAGUAACCGGCAACAUCCAAACCGGCAUGGUUCACGGGCAUCGGCAAAGCGAUAUCCCAGAAGAUAUGCCUGAUUUUGCCGGAGUGAAGAAAUUGCUGGGGACGGUGGAGGUGGGUGAUUAUGAGAGGGUCAGGACGGUGGUUGAUAGUGUGGAGGUGCCGGGGAAACAGUUUGAUGGGCCGAAGAGGCUAGGCAGGGAGCCACUAAGAAGGUGUCAGGAGUGGACGAGGGAGGCUAUUGAUAAACUUCUUGAGGAGGGAGUGCUUAAGCCUUGUGUGACGGAGUCUGGAGAAGGUUUUUGA